CCUGCACCUCUCUGGGUAAAAUCGUUCCACUACGUCAAGUCGUCCCGUCCGCUCGGUGAAGAUGUCUGCGACGGGUACAGGCGGCUGUGGACCUGGACCCGGGGCCACCUCGGGCUCCGGGUCCGGGGCUUCCAAUCCCCGAAAGUUUAGCGAGAAGAUAGCGCUGCAUACCCAGCGUCAGGCCGAGGAGACAGCCGCCUUCCAGGAGGUAAUGAUGGACAUCACCUCGACCAGGCUUCAGGCCCAGAAGCUCCGCCUCGCCCGGAGUCAGGGUCCGUACUACAGCGGCUCGCUGCCCAAUGUCAACCAGAUCGGCAGGAACCCUCAGGACUUCCAGGGCUCCUUCCCAUCCACUCUUGAGUCCAACCGCUCGACUCGGCAUCACGGUCUGGUGGAGCGGGUCCAGAGGGACCGCCGUUUCAUCUCGCCGGUCCGGCCGUACCGCAGCCGACAAGUGGACAGCUCGCAGUAUAACCCCGCCUACCUGUCCCCACCUCCUGACUCCAGCUGGAGAAGGAAUUGGUCCGGAAACUUCCCCGGGGAUAAAAGCCAGUUGUUUCGUCUCCCCACCACUGCACUCAACAGGACCAACUCCGACUCGGCCCUCCACACCAGUGUAAUGAACCCUCCCACAGGAGACCCCUUUGCCACAGGAGGACCCACCCUCCACCCGCAGAACAACAGACGCACCGGUCAGAGUGAUGGAGAGGCCAGAAGAAUGUUUCCGUAUCCCGUCCCUCCCAUUGAAGAGAACGUGUUGGAUGAGGGCAAACUGCUCAAACCCUGGGACACCAAGAAGUUGCCUUUGUUGUCGUCCCGACCCAAAUCCUGUGAAGUCCCUGGUAUCAAUAUCUUUACAUCCCCGGAGCAGCCGUCCACGCCGGCUCACGGCGUCCCGUCGGCCCUCAACACCGGCGGCUCGCUGCCCGACCUGUCCAGUCUCCACUUCCCCUCCCCGCUGCCCACGCCGCUCGACCAGGACGAGCCCGGCUUCCCGGGGUCCUCCUCUCUGAGCGGGGGAAGCAGCACGGGGAACCUGGCCUCCACCCUCACUCAGCUGGGCAUCAACACCGCCAACGCGCAGGGAGGCAACAGCAACUUCCACCACCACACACAAGAUCUCCUGGGGGCCCUACAGAGCACGCUCAGUAACCCGUCCCUGCAGUCAUCACUUAGCAACCCCAACAUCCAGUCAUCGCUGAGCAACCACUCCUUUUCCAGCUCUCUGAGCUCCGCCUCCCUGCACUCGUCGCUCAGCAACCCCUCGCUGCAGUCGUCCCUCAGCUCCUCCCCCUCCCUGCCGUCCUCCCUCAGCAGCCAGUCGCUGCACUCCUCCCUCAGUAACUCCUCCCUCCAGUCGGCGUCCAGCAGCAACCCCAGCUACAGCAGCGGAGUCGGCGGCUCCUCCUCCUCCUCCUCCACCUCCUCCUCGUACUCGCCGCUGCUCAGCGGACAGGGCCAGCCGCCACUCAGCACGUCACCACGGAGACGAGCACAGCUCUCCCCACUCAUCCUGACCAUGGGAGGGGAGUCGCGGAGGCAUCACUCCAAGCAGUUCUCCCCCACCAUCUCCCCCACCUUGUCCUCCAUCACACAGGGCGUCCCUCUGGACACCAGCAAACUGCCUCUGGACCAGAGGCUUCCUCCGUAUCCGCUAAGCCAGUCCCAUCAGCACCAGCCUCUGCCUGGCCUGCAGGGCUCCCAGCCGGGCCAGCAGCACCACCAACAGCUGCACCGCCUCCAGCAGCCGCGACCCAACGCUCAGCAGACGCAGUCCAUACAGCAGCUCCACCCACAGAACCUCCACAACACACACAACCAGCACAUGCAGCACUUUGGAACGCAGCAGCAGCAGCAGCAGAGGCUGAUGGGGCAGCAGGCAAACACGCAGCUGAUAAAGAACGAGAGGGCGAUGGAUCAGUGCGUCCAGAGCUCCCAGUGUCACGUCAAGCAGGAAUCAGAGCAGCAGAGAGUCGAGGGCCUCCCUCAGCUCCAACAGAUCAGCCACAGCCUGGCCACAGACCUGUACAACGACCCCUUGUUCAACUCUCUACUGGACGAGUCGUAUCUGAGCCUCCAGCUCGCCGGCAAGUCCAACCAGCAGUUCACAUCAGACAACCAGGGUGACUGUCUGUCUCUGAACCACGGCGGCCUGAGCUGCGGCAGCACCGACAAGAACCAGUUUUCCUCCAACACUCAGGGGCCCCUGGACAUGCAGGACCCCGGGGACCAGCAGCUCCUGAACAACCAGAACCAGAACUACAGCGGCGUGGAGGGACGCCACAACGUCCCCAACAUCAUCCUCACAGGUGACUCACCGCCUGGUCUGUCCAAAGAGAUCGCCAGCGCGCUGUCUCACGUCCCCGGCUUCGAGAUGGACCCCUUCUCUCUGGACGACCCGCUCAGGAUGGACCCCCUGGCUCUGGACAUGCUGGACGGCGAACUGAUGCUGGCCGACCCGGCAGUGGAGGACUCCUUCCGGUCCGACCGGCUGAAGUGAUCCACCCCCCGCGCGUCCCCCUCUGCUCCAGGAGCUCGGUGGGAAUUGGCGGAGAGGACCGGGAUGAGCGUCGCUCCGCCCCACUCCCCCCAAACAGACGGCGUGCAGAGCGACGUGAUCUCCAGGGGUCUUUUUGUCCGCGGCAAAGCCUCGGCGAGAGGAUUUCUGACAGAGUGAACUGAAGGAGGGGGAGUUUUCCGUCGAAGGCACUUAACUGAAAACGCUCUUGCAAUGCUUGAAGAAAACCCAAGAUGCUUCUCUUGUUAGGCAUUAGCUUGCGCGAGUCUUAUCUGCAUGUUAAUGGAAAACGCACUCGCGUAACUGCAAACGCGCUGCUCCCGUGAUGUCGGCUUUACAUAAGAAACCGUCUGAAAACCAGCAGCUCUCGCAGGAUCUUGAAAAGCGUUAUGCAUCCCGAUAUGUGUGGACCCUGCCUGACUGCCGCCACCGCCGCCAUGUUAGCCAUCGCUCCACCGGAAGACAGCGUGUGAUUGGCUGGCAUUGUUUCGUCAUUAGGUUAUCAAAUGACCACCAGACUGCAGCCACUCUAACAGGAACUCAGCCAUGACUUAGAGGUCGAUAUAUUUUUUUUACACCAGGUUGUCCUGCUGCGACAGGAUUCUCCUCACACUCAAUCAAAGGAAACAAGCAGAAGUUGAUGAAAAGCAGGUCAAAGGUUUGGGAGGAAGUCCUCUCAGCAGUGCGUACAGUUUGUCAUAACGUUUCCCAUCAUCCCCUCAAGCUGUCCUCUGAUUGCUUUCAUGUGUUGACCCACAUGAGCGUUGAGAAGCUUGCGUGUCCCACAGGAUCACAGACGAUCGGCGGCGGCGGCGGCGGCGGCUGGACGAGUUGGUGUUGCUGCAACGCGCUGCUGUGCUCGGUCUUCUUCCUCUCUGAAUGUCACACUGCGGUUCGGUGUGACGGCUGCUGUCUGUCGCCCUCUCGCCAUCCACACGACGCACACGUGGAGAAAUUAUGCAUUUUAUCGCUAAAACUGAAUGUGGUGUAGUGACGUGAUAGACUGAGUAGCAGCUGGCGGCGGGAGUUUGUUACACGUGAGGCAAAAGAUGGAAACAACACGGAGCUUUAGGAAUCCCUGACGGAGAUGUUUCGAUUCCCGUUGAUGGAGGAAAUAACCUGCAGAUCAAUCUGUGGUGGUAAUAAUCCUUCCCAGUGUCGGUGCUUCGUUGCACCUGUAACCACACCCACCAGUGAUGUCACCAUGUCCUAGAGUACACCUGCGCUUAACUGCAGGUGAGAGGUCAUAUUUUCAGAGGGUGUGAAGUCACUUCCUGUUUCUGGGUCGGAACUUAAAUCAUCUUUCAGGAAAUAAGGAAACAGCUUUUCAUAAGCCACAUGCAGUUCUUAGCAGCGUUGCCCUUUAACCCCAGUCACUGUGAUUGACAGCCCUUAACCCCGCCCCCUCUGCCUGCACUUGUUGCACCUGUGUUUGGAGCCGUGCCCAGGGCUGCAGCACAGCGACGUAUAGAAAGGUUAUAAAAGAAUCUUAUUAAUAUUAAUAUUCAGACUAUAAAGAAGUUUUAUUUUUUAGUCCAAAGUGGUUGGAAUCAGUAUGUACAUAAAGACACAGAUAAGAAUAUCUUUAACAAAUAUAUUUAAGAUGAGAGGGGAAGAAACAGGAAAUGAGCUCGUGAGUCAGAGCUGUUGUUACUGACGUCGGCUUGAUGUGACGUUCGGGCGACUGUGAAGAACGUUAGGGGAACGUUUUUCAGUUUAAUUUGAUGUUGAAAAAUCGUGGAAUAAUGUUUUCUUAUUGCAGUGCCCUCAGAUGUCAGUGGUCCAUCAGAGCAGGGUUUCCCAACAUGGGGCUGGACCCCCGUUAAGGGUCACAUGGCGACUGAAGAGGUGCAUCGUCCCCGACUUUAUUUGUUAGUCUGAUAUGCAGCGAAAGAUUUUAUCUCCAUUUCAGUCUUUUAAACAGCAGUCUUACUGAGUGACUGCAACAAAUAAAAACAAAAAAGUAAAAAAAUGGCAGCAAAUUUGAGAGAAAAUUUUAAAUUUAUAUAUAAAAUAUUUAAAAACGUCAUUUAUGUUGCUUUGCCAAAAAAAAAAAAAACCUGGAAAUUUAGAAAACUGGUUUCUUUUUUCCGUUUGGUUUGGUGGAGGAAGUGAACUGAUUAAUGUUCUACUGACUGUUGCCAUUAUUUUGAAAGCAGACUUCCUGGAUUGGGAGAGUCUGUGAAGGAGACUCGAGCUUUUUGACGUGAGACAAACGUUAACGUGCCUGAAGUUUGGAAGCUUUUAGACUGAAAAACGAGCAGCAGGUCAGUGCGAGUGUGAGUGAGUUUGUCCCCUCUGGGCUUCUGUAGGAAGUCCGCUCUGUCGUCGACCUCGUGUUCUGUCUGUGUGGAAGAAAUUCUGGUCCAUCGGUGGUUCAGCAUCGGUUGGUUGUGUCGGCGCAGGCAGCCGACGACGUUUCGGAGGUUAAAACUUUAGGACGGACUUGGGAAAGGUCUGUGUGGGUCAGGGAGGUGAUGAA